AUGAGCAUUAAGAUAUUUAUGCCCACUGAGUAUUUUUAUAUUAAAAGGCCCAUCAAUUUGUACGGCCAAGUUCAAAUUAGCGACGACAAUGUCGUUGUGUAUUACAUAGUAGAUGAUGAGGAUUUCAGUUCUGUUCAUAAGACAACCUGUAAAAUGCGAUUUUUGGGAUCAAUUGUGUGUAGUGAUUCUAAUGAUAGCCAUUACUACCAUGACAUGAACAUAUGUUUUGUUUACAAUGCACUGUCGCCCACUAUUUCACUUACAUACUUAGGUAUUACACCUGAAAGCCUCAGCCAAGUAAAGCUUUUACUCUAUGAUAAAAGUAAAGUGCGAAAUUUGGUUUCCAAAGGCGAGGGUUCUUCGGAAAACUGUUUAAAUAAUGACUGCGAUUUCCUCAUGUUAACUCGAUUGAUAAAGACGGAUUCUCCUCCUAAAUCGGCGUCGCAUAUAAGCCAACCUUUUUCUACAAUUGCUAAUAUCCCAACGAAACUGUUUAAUUUAAUUGUUGAAAACCGUCUUUUUAAAAAUAUAAUGACACAUACUGUGCUUUAUAAAAAUUCACAGGAGUGGCAAAUUGCCUAUACAGAUGGUUCUAGGUUUACUAAUAUUGUGGUAGAUCGAGUAAUGGGAAUAGCAUUGAUGCUGAUAUUAUUUAUGCUUAUUUCUCAUCCCGGCGAUUUCCUUAUUCAAAUAUCCCACGGCAUUAUUGAUCAGUUAUACAGUCUACUGAAAGUGCUAGAAGGAAGUCCGAUCGGCUUAAAACUUAACAUACACUUAAAUAAUUUUUUUCUUGAUUGUUUCAAAUAUCAUAUCGAAUUAUGGUCCACAUUUUUGGAUUUAAUUGAACCAAUAGUACGCCAACUCUUUCAUGCAAUCGGAGUGCUGGGAUGCUUGGGGUUUUCAUAUCAAAUAGCAUUACUGGCUGAUUUGAUAUCCAUUGUUGGUUUACACGCUCAUUGUUUUUAUGUUUAUACGAAAGUACUGUAUAAUGUGGAAGUGAAGGGACUCCGAGUUUUGUGGCAAGUUGUGCGUGGUAAACGCACUAACAUUUUAAAGGGAAGAAUUGAAUCCCACAACUACAUGAACCGUCAGUUAUACCUGGCAACAAUUUUUUUCUCGGGUAUUCUUUUUUUGUUUCCGACAACUUUUAUCUACUAUUCAGUGUUUGCAGCACUGAAGUCUCUUACUUUUAUAACAAUUACUAUACUGGAGUUAUUUCGAUUGCAAUUAUUACAACUUCCAAUUGACAAUUAUCUAAAGCGGAUCAAUAACAGCUUCUUUGAAAUUGAGUGCAUUAAAGUGCGGGACCUUCCAGAUCAACAAAGUCGAACUUUUAAGCAUGAAAACUAUAACAUCCACGUUUUUGUAUUUACAAUUGGUUUCUAGAUUUAAGGUUAUUGUUACCCGUUGGCUACCAUGUUCAAUAAUAAAAAGACUGCUCGCAUGGUUCGUAAACCUUAAA